AUGGACGAAGGAAAUCUCAAUUCGUUCAAAAAAUUGUUGUUUGAUAAUGCUCUUGGUAAUAUAGAGUCAUCACCACAUACAGAUAAACAACGUCGAUGGCGUGCUAAAAAAAAGAAUCAACAUCAUCGUACUCAAUCAUCGCCACAUCGUUUACUACUUGAACAAAUUAAUGAAUCACAUCAAUAUUCAUCUGAUAUUAAUGAAAAUUUUGAAAAUAAUGUUACUGUUGAUAAUCGCAUAUUUGAUGAUAAUAUGGUUGUUCAUAAUUCACCUAUGGAUGAUACAAAUUCUGAUGUUACAUGUGCUGGUGGUACAUUUAAUGAUGAUAAACUUGUUCAUGAUUCACUUAUGGAUGAUACACAUGGUGAUGUUUUACGUACUGGUGUUACAUUUAAUGAUGAUAUACAUGGUGAUGUUAUACGUGCUGGUGUUACAUUUAAUGAUGAUACACAUGGUGAUGUUACAUGUACUGGUGGUACAUUUAAUGAUGAUACACUUGUUCAUGAUUCAUUUAUGGAUGAUACACAUGCUGAUGCUACAUGUGCUGGUAUUACAUUUAAUGAUAAUAUACACGGUGAUGUUGUACGUGCUGGUGUUAUAUUUAAUGAUGAUAUACAUGGUGAUGUUACACGUGCUGGUGUUACAUUUAAUGAUGAUACACUUGUUCAUGAUUAUAUACUUGAUGAUGACGAUUAUAAUUAUAGUUUCGAUUUUAAUCCGAAUUCGGCUCAAUCAGUUGAAAUAACUGCUGAACAAGAAGAUGAACCGUUAUAUACUAAUGCACCUGUGACAUCUAAAUCUUACCAUAAACAAAUAUUAGAGUUUGGAAAUUCAGUUAAAUUAAGUGAUUCAAAUAUGAAUAAAUUAUUGCAAUUAAUUGGAAAUGCAUUACCA